AUGUCAAAUUUGACAAAGUUCGAAAUUAAUGCCCUGGAUAUUACGGGAAAUAAUUAUUUGACCUGGGCAGUAGGUGCAAAAAUACACCUAAGAGGUAGCGGGCUUUUGGAAACCAUCGAUAAUACUAAAACGGUGUCGGAUGAGAAAAAGGCUAAAGCCAUGAUAUUUUUACGACACCACAUACAUGAUGGUUUAAAAGAUGAAUAUAUUACAAAAGAGGAUCCUGGGGACCUCUGGCAAUCUCUUAAAGAGAGGUUUGAUCACCAAAAGUAUGUGAUCUUACCAAAAGACAAACACGAGUGGAUCCAUAUUUGGUUCCAGGACUACAAAAGUGUAAGUGAGUUUAAUUCCGCUAUGUUCGAAAUUACUUCAAGGAUGAUGUUAUGUGGAGAGAAAAUAAGCGAUUAUGAUAUGAUCGAGAAAACUCUCUCCACGUUCCAUCCUGAGAAUGUAGUCCUGCAGCAACAGUACCGGGUGAAUGGAUUUAAGCGUUACUCGGAGUUGAUGCAAAUCCUUCUUGUAGCGGAACAAAAUAAACAACUCGUGUUGUUAAACCAUCAGGCUCGUCCCACUGGAUCUGCUCUAUUCCCCGAAGUGAAUGUUGCAUCAUUCAGUUAUGAUAAUUGGAGAGGACGAGGACGUGGACGUGGUCGAGGUCAAAAUCAUGGUCAUGGGAGAGGACGAGGAAGAAGAUUCCGUCCGUCUGAUGAAAGAAAUAAAAAGGACUUCCACGAGAAUGAAAGGGGCCGAGAUGAUAAAAGGCAAACAGAAAAGGUUUGCUACAGAUGUGGCAUGAAAGGUCAUUGGGUACGUACUUGUCGUACGCCAAGACACUUAGCCGAUCUGUAUAGAGAAUCCCAAAAGGGAAAAGAGAAAAGUGGAGGUGAAACGAAUUUCAUCUCUGAUGAACCCGGGCCAUCCUUUCACGGUUUAAAUGAUGAUACUCAUCUUGACGUAUCAGAUUUUUUGGUUGAGCCAGAAAAUAUCGAUGUGUGA